ACCACCCCCCACCGUGUGCCGUGAUGUGAUCACUCCGUCCAGGAAGUCCGGCGGCCCUCUGAUUUAUAUCUGAGACACGUUGGGGCGUGAGGGACAAGCAGGUGGGCAGGCACGAGCCCCGAAAUAGCUUUUUUAUGAUAGAUUCGCCGAUGACCCAGCGGUGACCUGACAGCCAGCGAUGGUCCUUAUAACUGCCCGGGCUGCUAGGUGGCUUGUCUACACCCCAGCGCGGGAGGCUGGGGUGCUGCUUAUCUGAGAGAGGUCCCUGCAGGGAGGCGCUGCUGCGCCCCGAGGUCCGAGUUCCCCGGCAGCGCCAGCAGCUCCAGCAGCGCCAGCAGCAGCCCCCCCCCCCCACUCUGAAAGCCUCAUCAGAACGGGGCGGAGCCGAUGCGCCCCUCUCCUCCCCUCUGGGAACCGCCCGCCUCGCUGCUGUGCCCGCACAUGCUGCUGCCCACCGAGUAAGGCCCGCAGAGGACAGCCCCCGAGACGGUCUGCCCGCCGCUCCCCAUGAACAUGAAGAUUCUGCUGCUGCUGCUGCUCCUGCUGCUGUUCCUGAGUCAGGCUGAGAGCCAGGCGGCCCCGAAGCCCAACUUUGUCCUCAUCAUGGCAGACGACCUGGGCAUCGGGGACCCCGGAUGCUAUGGAAACAAGACCCUCAGGACCCCCAACAUCGACCGACUGGCCAAAGAGGGCGUGAAGCUGACGCAGCACCUGGCGGCGUCGCCCCUGUGCACCCCGAGCAGGGCGGCCUUCAUGACCGGCCGGUACCCCAUCCGCUCAGGGAUGGCGUCUCAGUACCGCACUGGCGUGUUCCUCUUCUUGGCCUCUUCCGGGGGACUCCCCGAGAGCGAGGUGACGUUCGCCAGGCUUCUGAAGAACCAAGGCUACGAGACAGCGCUGAUAGGGAAGUGGCACCUGGGGACCCACUGCCGCAACAACAGCGACUUCUGCCACCACCCGUCCAGCCACGGCUUCGACUACUUCCACGGCAUCCCCGUCACCAACCUGCGGGACUGCAAGCCGGGCCAGGGCAGCGUGUUCACGUCGGCCAUCCGGCUGCUGGUCUUCGUGCCCCUGCAGGUGAUCGCCAUCGCCCUGCUCACGCUGGCGGCGCUGCGCCGGCUGGGGCUGCUGCACGUGCCGGGCCCGGUGUUUGUCUGCCUGCUCUGCCUGGCCGCCGGCAUCCUGGGCGCCCUGCUGGGCUUCCUGCACUACUUCCGGCCCCUCAACUGCUUGCUGCUGCAGAACCGCCACAUCUCCCAGCAGCCCCUGUCCUACGACAACCUGACUCAGAGGCUGACCGAGGACGCCGCUGCGUUCAUCCGAAGGAAUGCCGGGACGCCCUUCCUGCUCGUCUUCUCCUGCCUGCAGGUGCACACAGCCCUCUUUGCCUCCAAGGACUUUGCCGGGAAAAGCCAGCACGGUGCUUACGGGGACGCGGCUGAGGAAAUGGACUGGAGCGUUGGGCAGAUCUUGAACGUCCUGGAGGAGUUAAGGCUGACGAACAACACCCUCGUGUACUUCUCGUCCGACCAAGGGGCCCACGUGGAAGAAGUGACCACCAGAGGGGACAUCCACGGAGGCAGUAACGGGAUCUACAAAGGAGGAAAAGGGAACAACUGGGAAGGAGGCGUCCGCGUGCCGGGCCUGCUGCGCUGGCCGGGGGUCCUGGAGGCCGGGCUGGAGGUCCACGCGCCCACCAGCAACAUGGACAUCUUCCCCACGGUGGUCACGCUCGCGGGGGCCGCGCUGCCUCAGGACAGGGUCAUCGACGGCCGGGACCUGAUGCCGCUGCUGCGGAGCCCGAGCCCGCCCUCGCACUCGGAGCACGAGUUUCUGUUCCACUACUGCAACUUCUACCUGAACGCCGUGCGCUGGCACCCGCGGAACAGCUCCUCCAUCUGGAAGGUCUUUCUCUUCACGCCCAACUUCACCCCCGAGGGCGCCAAUGGCUGCUUCCUCACACACGUGUGCUUCUGUCACGGACGCUUCGUCACCCGCCACGAGCCGCCGCUGCUGUUCGAUCUCUCCAAGGACCCCAGGGAGAGCAGCCCCGUGACCCCGAGCACCGAGCCCCGCUUCUGGGAGAUCCUGGAGGUGAUGCAGCGAGCGGCAGACCGCCACGCGCGCACCGUGCAAGAGGUCCCCAACCAGCUGUCGCUGCAGAACCUUCUCUGGAAGCCGUGGCUGCAGAUGUGUUGUUCCUCGGCCUCCGGCCUGUCCUGCCAGUGUGACCAGGAAAAGCAAGACCGGGGAGGGAGCCCAUAGCCGGGCUCGUCUGCGGGCAGGAGGGACGCUCGGGGCCCAGUCCACCCUUCCCGUGGCAGGGGGGGAGGGGGAGCGUCACCGUGCACACCCAGCAUCUCGCACUGUGGUCCCAUCUCGGACUGUGGUCCCCUGUCUACCUGGUCACCCAAGGGCCCCGCCGAGAGCUCCCACAGUGGGGAAAAACUCAACAGUGCGCACAGGGACAGAUGCUCGACAUAUGCCUUCCACGGUCAAGUGCGUGCACUGGUGUCAAUGCAUGAGGGUGAAUGUAUCCAAGAUGCUGGGAUGAAAUGUGGGAAAGGCAAACCCCCGCUUCGCCCCACGGGGGUGUGCGUGACUCUGCCGGGCCCCCGGCAACACGGAGAGCACCGUGCACAGAGCCCCCCACCAGGCUCGACCUGGGCCACGGGGGAGGGACUGAAGAACCAUCGCUUUCACGGGCAAAAGGUGCUGAUGAGUUCCCCUCUGGUGACUGGAAGGCACUCGCUGUCAGUAUUAUUGAGAACACACAAACUACUACUCACAACCUGUGUAUUUUAUGUGAGGCCACUUUCCUUCGUCCCUCAAGGAGGUUAAGAUAUUUAAAAUAAACCAAGUAGCCAGUUAUCCCUGUUUCGGGAAAACCAGUAGACUUCCAGGAUAGACAGAUUCCCUCCACAUGGAUCUCUCACUCCAGAAAUGGCUCGGAAAUCCCUCUUACUGUAUAAGAAAUAUUCUCAUGAAAGAGAGCGUCGGCGUGCUGACGAUGUGUUGGGGUUCUGGCUGGGAUGGUGGUAGAGGAAUUUUGGGAAGCUGCUGGCCUGAGCGUGCUUUCGAAGAUGACCAUGUUCAUUCCAAGUUCAAGAUGCUCGAUGCCAAUAGGCUUCCAGAUGCCCUGUGAGGUGGAAACAUGUGUGGCAGGAUCUCCUCACUUGAAGCAUGUACAUACAUUACGUGUAUUUAUGGGUCCAGCUAACUAUUUAACCUGUACAAUGUUAAGAGACAUGAAGGAUACGUUUAGUGCAACAGGAGAAUUAAAUUAUUCGGCUCCGGAGAGACCUACCCUUUUUUUUUGUAAUUUUUUUCCUAAAACAGUUUUAUUGCACUUGUCGGGGCGGUACUGGGUAAUGAACUGAUUUAGGUUUCAGGUGCGCAGUUCUACAACGCGUCAUCUGUAUGUUGUGCUGCGUGCUCACCGCCCCACGGUGAGCACGUCUUCUCCCAUCACCAUUUGCCCCCCUUCACCCUCCCCGACCUCCCCGACCCCCUUCCCUCUGCUCAUCUGCACCCUGUUGUCUGCGUCCGUGAUGGUUUUUCUCUCUUGUUUUAUUCCGCGCUCCUGUGAGCUCAUUGCUGUCAAUUCUUGAGUUAUACAUCCAGGUCCUCGUGGACUUGGAAGCUCUGCGCACACGUUAACCCUUGACACUCCUAGCAUUUCAGCAGCGGAUGUGGAGCAGGCACUGUUUCCCACGGAGAGCGGACUCACGCCCCGUGCAUCCCGGUCGUGAAGGACUCAAAAGAGGGGGCCCACGUGAGAGCCCCCGGAAGGGCUCGCUGGGAAGAGAGGAGACACAGCCGGGGGGACACGUCGGGUCUGUGUCGGGAAAACGUUGCCUGUCACGUGAGUCCCUCUGGUGGCUGAGGUGUCUCGACACCUCCUUGUCCUGUUCAGGCAAAGUCGAAAUAAAACCGCCUUUGGCAGUGAGGA